AUGGGCAGCACCCAUAAUUUUUUGGAUGAAAGGCUCGUCAAACAGAUCGGUCUCAUAGCAGAGCCGACAUUGGGCUUCGACGUGGCAUUGGGUGAUGGAGCCAUGUUGAGGGCGGAGGGCAUAUGCCGAGGCAUCACUUUGACGAUCCUGGGCAGCCAAUUCAAGCUCGAUCUCUAUCCGUUGGCAUUACGAGGAGCUGAUUUGGUCCUUGGUACGCAGUGGCUGCAGAGUCUUGGCCCGGUUACAUUCGACUUCGCCGAGAUGUGGGUGACUUUCAGACGGGGCGGACGGCGAGUUAGAUUGGAUGGCAUUCGGCCUAGCCCAAGGGAUGCACUUCAGCCCCUAGUCGGCUUGUCCGGACCCGACGCGCACAGCUACUUGAUGCAGCUCUUACCUCUGUCGACGGAGACCACGACGGAGGCAGGUAUACCUACUGAUUUGGCUGCUCUCUUACAGGGGUUCGCAGAUUUAUUUGAGGAGCCUCAUGGUCUUCCACUCGAGAGGGAGCACGAUCAUCACAUAGAGAUUGUACCGGGAGCAGAACCGGCGAAUGUGAGGCCUUACCGCUACCCGCACGUUCAGAAGGAGGAGAUCUCAAAGAUGGAGCACCUAGAGCACUUAGAAGAAGUGCUGAAAAUUCUGCGCGGAAAUCAAUUGAAGGUAAAGCGAUCCAAGUGCCUAUGGGCCGAGCCGAAGGUCGAGUACCUAGGCCAUGUCAUCUCUGCUGCAGGUGUGGAGCCGGACCAAGCAAAGAUACAUUGCAUGACCGAGUGGCCGCUACCCAAGAACCAAAAGGAGCUGCGAGGAUUUUUGGGCCUAACCGGUUAUUACCGCCGGUUUGUGGAGGGAUAUGGAAAGAUCGCCGUGCCACUGACCCUGUUGCUGCGAAAGGGCGAGUUUAGAUGGACCGAGGCAGUGACAGAAGCAUUCGAGAAGCUCAAGAAAGCCAUGACGACGGCCCCGGUUUUGGCACUACCCGAUUUCGCCAAACCACUUGAGGACCGCCACAUGCCGGGAUCCGGACCUAGUACAGAUCCAGAGGGAGUUGGCAGCAGAUCCGAGUAG